GCACAUCUUGUUCUUUAAAGCCUCGAACGCUCACCGAGAUCUCGACUUCAUCCUUGAUAAUGUUUAUCCGUGCUGCUUCUGUCCUUGCCAUCGCGGCCGAGCUCGGCGCGCUUUUCGGCGCGGCCACACCCAUUGCCGACCUCGCAAUGUUGAGCAAGCGGGAAUUCGGCUACGUCAGCUCGUGCGACAUCAACUCGGUCAAGAUCGACCAGUUCUACCCAGGCAGCCGCAACUCCGUCAUUGCCGGCACUUGCUACACUGCGACGGGUCAGAAGCGCGACACGAAGCUCAACCUGAACCACUGCCUCGGCAAUGUGCAGGGUAACUUUCAAUAUGUCGAGGAUGGCAACUUUGCCGACUCCUGCAACACGUUUACCGCAUAUCUCACCAACGGCGCGCUCGGCGGCAAGAACCAGAACUACUGCGUGGCCUGCUACCGGGCCGACGGCACGACCAACAGCCUCAAUUGUAUUGAUUUGAAUGGUGUUGUUGGUAAUGUCGAUGGCAAGCUGCAGUGCUUCGGGUACACAGACGUUGUUGGUGAGCCCUAUUGAGUCUUCCAGGCUCUAGUUUUCUGGAGAGAGGGAACUUGCUGUCAGAGUUCUAAAGUUGCUGGGGCGGUUCUGAGGGAUGGUUGAAAGGCUCGAACAGGCAUCGACCUCGGGUACCAAACACGGUUCAAAAUGUUCAGAGCAGCCAAUGCGCCCGAAGCGUCCUUGCUGUGCAAGAGACAAGCAAGCCGCAGCGUUGCAAACCCCAUAUUUGAGCUGGUUUUCCAUCCCGCACAAUUGUCUCUACCACACCAGGUGCCCGUGACGGAUACUUGCAAAUCUACAAAGAGUCACGCUGCUUAUUUUAGGGCAUUUCACGCGGCCUAAAAUGCACUAGUUGUGCUCAAGCGCGCAUUUGAGCAAAGCUUAGUAAUGACAAGCACAGCAAAGAAGCACAAUGG